AUGUCCAUCAUCGUCGCCACGUUUGACCCAGCCGACUGUGACCCUUCCAGGUGUGUGUUGUGCCUCCGGAAGAUCCGCCGUCGAGAAAGUGCUCCUCUUUGGAAAUGUACCUUUCGCAUUAUAUGGGAAACUACUGGUGAAAUUGAGCUAUCUGGGGUUGGUCUGCGGAGCGUACAGGACCAAUUCAACAGGUUUAGGGUACCACGCGACCAGCGCAAGCGAUGGGAUACAGUGGGCGAUGGCUAUAUAACAUUGCCCUUACCGUGGAGGUGUACAGACAAUCUGGUGUUCUUUCAUGAGUUAUGUUGGGAACGGUUGGAAGAUCACUUCAAUCCUGGCGAGAUUAAAUUAGGCACACUUCGGUGGAUACUAUUACGUCCUCUACGUCGCGGUAGGGGCUCCCUUCGCUAUGUUUCAAGAGGAGUUCGUGACCUACCAACGGAGCCACUGUUUUAUCAGCCCUCCCUUGAGCAGUUGCUACGACGGGGAGUUCGGAUACCAGAUCGCACACCAGAGGUGGCAACCCAAUUUGCCCGCGGGCGAAAUGCCACCGAUCUGUUCACAGUUCUGCCUUUCGAGAUCAAAGGGAUAAUCGCAGAGCAACUAAACACCCGUGACAUCCUAACACUUCGGACAGUUUCGCGUGCGAUGGAAGGAGUCUUCUUCAGUUCUAGAUUCUGGCGGACACGGUUCGAGGUCAAUGGCGAACGGGGCUUUCUGUAUCGUGCUGUAAGGGAGUCUUCUAGAGGAACAGGUGAUAGCAUCGACUGGCAACAUCUGUAUCACAGCACGUCCAUGCUGCCUUGGAACGACCAGUUUGAUAAGAUGCUGAGAAUGUGGGAGACCUUCCGGUGGAUACGAGACGCAUGCCUCAGCGAGAAUAGAGGACAGACACCCCCCUUGGACUUUCAAGGUAGAGCCUUGCAGCACUAUCACAACACACGCUGGGAGGGAACAAAGGUUGAAACCUUAUCACUGGACUGGAGUUCUACAGCGAAGAUGGGCCCAGCAAGUCCCUCGGCUAUAAGACCCCAGGUGCCAAAACGCGAACAGAAACGGAGAUGGCCUCGCGAAUUCAACAUCGACAUCUAA